UUGGCUGCUAGCAUGCGGGUUUAUCUCUCCAUCUCUUGCUGCUCUUGUAUAAAUGCCGCUUACUUUUCUACCGUCAACCUCCGCCGGAUGUUAUAGUUCCUAUUAUCAAUUAUUUCCCCCUUAAACUACACCCAUUAAAUCUUGUCUGAUAAAUGACUAACAAGCAUUCUGCGCGUCCUGACCAAUCCGUGUUUUUUAACCCGAAGACCUUGUCGAAAAAAGUCUUGACUCCUCUGGGCACAUGAAACUGGACACCCGAGCGUUUGAGGCCCCUCUUUCCAUGCGGAGGAAUACAUUGUUGCUGCUCACAAUGUGGAUGGAGGUGGUCAAGAUGUCUACUAGAAGAAUGAAUUCACCUCAAUUGUAACAACAUAAAGGAAGUCGUGGCGCGGGAUUGUUUGGAUACAGACCUGCAACAUUGUAUUUGUGACGUUGGUGUUUUGUAGGAGGAUGUCAAAGGAGGAAUAACACACAUUGUUGCGCCUAACAGCCUUUAAUGCGCCGUGCUUCAAAUUCUUUCAAGUUUUAUGGUUUUUCCCGACGAGAUUCAACCUUUCUUUUUUUUACUACUGGAUGUAAAACAACUGAUAAUCAGAGGGUGCUUUAAAGACCGAGGGGUAUGAACGAGGCGCACCAGAGAAUGGCUACAGUGGGAACAGAUAAGGAACUCAGUGACCUGUUGGAUUUCAGUGCAAUGUUUGCACCCCCUGUGGCCAAUGGGAAGAACAGGCCUACCACACUUGCUAGCAGUCAAUUUAGUGGUUCAGGUAUGGAAGAACGCAGUAGUCCCUGGGCUGCUGGAGAGCAGAACAGUCCUUCUUUUAACCAGAGCUAUGGAGAGGGCUCACACUUCAACGAACAUGAUGGACUAUCUUCCCCAUUCCUUGGCACGGGAAUUAGUGGCAAGAACGAAAGGGGUCCUCCUUACUCUUCCUUUGGGGGACAGCCAGGGUUCCUGCCUUCAGACAUUGCCAUGCCUUCUGCAGAUGCCAUGUCUCCAUCCGGACUGAAGUCUGGCUCACAGUUUUACCAAUCAUACCCCAACAACCCCCGGAGACGCCCCUCAGAGGGAAGCAUGGAUCCCCAACCAAAAAAGAUCAGGAAGCCACCAGGACUGCCAUCUUCAGUUUAUGCUGCCACCUCUGGCGAUGACUAUAUCCGUGAUGGUGCUGCCUACCCAGGCUCCAAACCUGGUUCUGUGUACCCAGGAUCUUUUUACAUGCAAGAGGGCCUACACUCCUCUUCGGACCCCUGGGCCCCCUCUGGAUCCAUAGGCCAGUCGGGAUACACGGCCAUGCUGGGGAAUUCGCCACACAUCAGUCAGCCAGGCUCCUUCUCUGCGAUAAACCCACAAGACAGAAUGAACUAUCCCUUGCAUGGAGCGGACGUCAAUGGUUUCCAUUCGGGCUCCGCAGCGUAUAGCCACACAUCCUCCAUGAAUGGAUCAGACAGCAUUUUGGCAAGCAGAGGUUCAGUCACAGGCAGCUCAGGUGAUGAGAUCGGAAAAGCUCUUGCUUCGAUCUAUCCUUCGGACCACAACAGCAACAACUUCUCCUCCACUCCUUCCACUCCUGUGGGCUCCCCUCAGGGCAUUGCAACAGGUGCAGCACAGUGGUCGAGAGCUUCUGGCCAGACUGCUCUGUCUCCUAACUAUGAGGGUGGACUACAUGCACUGAACAAAAUGGAAGACCGGCUGGAGGAGGCCAUUCACGUGCUGCGAAGUCAUGCGGUGGGUCAGGCCCCGGGAAUUCCUGGAGCCCAUGCCGACAUGCACAGCCUACUGGGUGCCGUCUCCACAUCCAGUGGAUCUAUGGGGGGUCUCCCUCAGGCCUACUCCAACCCAGGACUGCCCCUGAGCAACAGACACCCUACCAUGGCUGGAAGCCAUCAUGACGACCAUGCCUGCCUUCCUCCCAGCAGCACCCUGUUGCAGUCCGCUCAUGCUUCAGGCACCCCACAGCCUGGAGGAGCACCAGAGGGCUUUAACAGUUUGCCCGGAGGCUUGGCCCACGCCACGCAUUCGUCAAACAAGUCUGAUAUUAAGAGCGAAGACAGGGAGGACGAUGAGAACUCCUCUGUGGCCGAUAAGUCUGAGGAAGAGAAGAAGGAAAGCAAACCGUCUCGCACUAGAACAAGAAAGGAGGUGUUUACCCAUCAAGUCCUUUCAGGUUUAUCAGACCAGGGAGAAGAUCAAGACGAAGAUGAUGAGGAUUUGCCGCCGGAGUUAAAGGUCGAGCGGGAGAAAGAGAGGCGAGUGGCGAACAACGCACGGGAGCGACUGCGCGUGCGUGACAUCAAUGAGGCCUUCAAAGAGCUGGGCCGCAUGUGCCAGCUGCACCUGAGCAACGACAAACCCCAGACCAAACUGCUCAUCCUGCACCAGGCCGUCAACGUAAUCCUUAACCUGGAGCAACAAGUCCGCGAACGCAACCUGAACCCAAAAGCGGCAUGUCUGAAGCGACGUGAAGAGGAGAAAGUGUCCGGGGUGGUUGGAGACACUCAAAUGCAGCUCUCCGGACCGCAUCCAGGACUGGGAGGAGAUGGACGCAACUCUGUCAGUCACAUGUGAUCAUGUGAACCAGUGAACUUUCUUGGGGCUCCUGGAAGAAGUGACCUUGAAUCUCUUCCACCGUUCUCAUCCUCUCUGUGUGCAUAUAGUGACUCGGAAAGCAUAUCAUCCACGAAAUCAGAGAUGCACCCUCCAAAACUUUUCGGACACACGAACCGACCCGCCAAAACUGACACAGCAGAUUUUGUCCGUGAUCACUCCAGACCGCAAUUACCAGCACAAAUGUGAAGAACUCUUUCUCAAGUCAUUUUGUAUUUUUCUGCUUCCUUACAACAAUGGAUCAUAGGAAUAGACAAGUUCUGACCACAACUGACGUUUGUUUGUUUGUUUGUUUUUCCACUGCAGAAAGAGAGUUUUGAUCGAGAGACGAGACAGACGUCAAUUUAAUCAUGGAUUUGUGCCUAAUUGUUACGUUUUAUAUAAGACGCAAACUGCUUACUUGUGUGGAACAAAAAAAAAGUUUGGGAGUUGCUUGUAUAUGAGCAAUUUUUCUUUUCUUUUUUUUUUUUUUUAUAAAUGUGGUUUGUCAUUCCCUACUGAAAGGUACAGUCUUACGUGCGUUGUGUAACCAAACCCCAUGAGAAGUGGGGCGAACCUGUGGUGCUUUUGAGGACGGUGUAUCCCAGCAUGCCUCUGCUCUAUGGGCCAGGGCUCUUUCGGAACGAGAGCAAAGCACACGGGCCAUCACAGCUCUCCAGACUGUUUCAUCUUCUUGGAAACAUCAUGCAUCAUCAGCUCUCACGAUGCCAUUGACUAGUUCAGCCAAUCGGAAGAAAGCGCAUCAUAAAGGAGCGUGAGCUUCUGUUACUAUGACAACAACGCUUGGAUUCCAUUGCGUUCCCAAGCACAAAAAAUUGCCAAGUUGACCUUUCACUUCUUUCCUUUUAUUUUUAUUUUUCGCCAGAAUACGUUCAAUCAUCACUCGCUCGCAUCGACUCAUUGUUGCCAAAAGUCUGAAAGCGUACACAUGUCCACCUCACACAUAUGUAAUGGAUAUUAUUUCGAUUUGAGAAAAAAAAAAGUAAGAAUAUAUAUAAAAAUAUAUAUAUAUAUAUAUAUUUUUGUUAGUCUAUACAUUGUAGAUUUCUAAAUAACAAAAAAACGUAUUAGUUUGAAGUGUAGAGUCUAUAGCGCAAGUGACGCAUCGUACGAUUUCAAGAAAAACCCUGCGUAUAUUUUCCGAAACGUAAGGUUUGCGCGAGGCGACCCAUGGUUGAUUUUAUCCCAGACGCCCCCUGAUAGCUCUAUGCUAAUGAAGAAAUGAUAAAGAGAAUUGAAAGUGAUGGUUGAGGGCGCGUGGAGGUUCAAAGCCUCGUCACUAGAAGUGUUCUUAGGCAAUGGUGUAGUGCGUAAGCAACGUUCGCCAUCACUUCAGUCUCGCCAAUGCACAUAAUGCAACCUGUUUGAAUGUAAUAUUCAAAUGUACACACUCUCACGUCUCCGUCAGACUGGCUUACUGUGAGUUUAGUUGAUUCAUAUUGUCAUUUCAAGGUGUACGUCUCAACCCAUUUUUCGUCAUGUACGUUCCCCGAUGGUUUGAAUUAUGUAUGUAGGAGAGAAAAAAAUGGUGUUAUAACCCGUGUAAUUGUCGCAAUGUCCACAAUGGAUAUGAUUUCUGAGUAAUAACAUUUCACCGUAAGGGGGAUACUGAACUUAGGUUGUCCUAAAGUAUAAUGGAAGCAUAAUAUCAAUUCUUGAUAAAGAUAAAAAGUUGUUGAACAUUUAUAUAUCGUGGCCUUCUUCUUCUCAAGACUGUCAUUUUUGAGAGUGAUGCCUUGUCAGUGCCUAAACUUACUUUCAUUGUAAACUUGACCAUUUGUUUUAUUAUUUCGAAAUGCAAAAAUGUCUCAUCCAUCUUUUUGGUUUUGUUUUUCUUUUCUUCCUGGAAGCAUCUGUGUAGUAUUUAAUCUGCAAUUUAGAAGCAUUGUAGUCUUUCAUCCUCAUUAUUAUGCUGUGUGUGUGCACCUUUUUGGCAAUUUUAGGAUUCUCGUUCCUGUCAUCUUUGGCUCGACUAGGUUGGAAUUUGUUUUUUGCUUUCAAGAUGCUAGCAUCCUGUGAUCUGUGAAGCACACGAGAAAAUUGAAGGAUCUUUGUCGAUUCAUCAGAUGGGGGCUAGAAACACUAGACUGUUAUAUGAGCAAUUCUCAAUUUAUCCAGCUGAUACCAUGUUCAUUUUGAUAAUAUCCAUAAAAUAUUUGAGUGCUGGACUUGGUUUUGCCUCCUGCUUAACGCUGAAGGAGAGUUGUCCUGUCAUCAAAGAUUCUCCUCCUGUCUAUAAUUACUUUAUUUUUCUCCCCAAAGCAUUGAAUGUUCAACUAAAGUGAACAUUUUGAAUGAAUCGUUGUGUGCCGAAGUAAGAUUGCUGCCCAUGAUUUCCAUCAGAAUUGAGAGGUGUGUGAAUUUUGCAGAACCUGGUGUCUUGCAGUUGCAGUAGGGACAUGAACAAUACUGCUGUUGUGUCUUCAGAGUGCCUCCGGUUUUUGUCAUUAUUAUUAUUUUUUGUCUUUGUUUUUAUAAAUAUAUAUAUAAAGUAGGUAUUGAGAACUGUCCUGUAUAUAACAGUAAUGUAGCAAUAAAUGUGCCAUUUUUAAUAACAGAAUUAUACAUUUUUUCAAUGUCUUUCUUUGGAUCUUGUAUACCUUCAAAAUGAGUUAAAUAAAAGAAAACAUUGUAAUAAAA